CAAAGACCCCAGCCGCCCGCUACCAAUUGCCGAGCAAAGGCCCCUCGGCGGCUCGGCCGUUACGAAUUGCAAAUGGCAAUGAUGUCGAUGCUGCUUGGGGAAUCGCCGAGGUUAGAUUCUGUCGCCGCUCACAAUCUGAGAGUCUCUUGCUCUCCACGAUUUCUCAAGCCACAAACCACCUCCUCCAGAUUCUCAACCGUGGCUAUGAUCUCUCCGCAUACUACUUACUUUUGUCAACCAGAUUCAUUCCCUGUCAAUGAACUGGUCUUAACAUUCAUUGCCUCAUAACCUCAUCACACUUUCGAACCACGACAUUCCCAGCUGCUUGACAGAGAGACACAUGCCAUUUCACCAACCGCACCUGCACCUGCACCCACACCCGUCAUACAGCAGCGCACCUUCCACAUAUGCACAUGCUCAGUCGUUCCUGCCUCCCUCGUGAUCUCAUUCUUCCAUCUUCUCUUUCGUCGCAAUCCUAGACUUGGUCGUCUUCUUCCGCACACACCUCACCUUCAAUAUCCCCGUCAUAUCAUCAAGAUGGACGUGUUAAAGGACCAAGUCGAAGCCAUCCUUCUCAACCCCGACCUUGCCCCUCUCCUCGCAAUCCUCAAAGCCGCCCGCAAUGGCGCCGUUUAUGGUGCAAAAGUUCGCUUUCCUCAUGCUCUCGUCAUGAUAAUGCUAUUUCGAUCUGGCUCUCUGAAAGAAAAGAUUCGUCUAGUCCUAAGGGCCACAAAACAACAUGCCAGCAAUCUGGCUCGAUUCGCCGUCAUUUACAAGACUUCAAUGUUGAUCCUGAGAUUGAUCAAUCCCGUCCGCCCGGGCAAGGAAGGCCCAUAUGACACAUUCUUCGCUGGUCUAGCAGGUGGCUACGUCGUCUUUGGACGAGCCGCACAGGGAAGUGUCAAUCAACAAAUCGUCAUUUAUGUCUUUGCUCGAGUCAUCCUAGCCAUGGCCAAAUUAUCCAUUGAGCCCACCAACAUGACCAGCACCACCCCAACCCCAACGCUCUGGACCCAGAGACUCUCCCCCGAGACCAAGGCCAAAAUCCAACAAAAUGCAUGGCCUGUCUUUGCUAGCUUGAGCUGGGCUUGUGUCAUGUACAUUUUCCGCUGGCAACCUGAAAGCAUCCAACCGAGUCUACGGAGCAGUAUGAAGUACAUAUACGUCAAUUCCGACUAUUGGGAUUCGUUCCGCAAUUUCCUCAUCCACAACACCUAAUCCUUUCCCGGCUUCCCUUCUCGAUUCAUACGAAACAUUGUGGUUGGUAUUCGUCAUGACCAUCGACCGAGGCGCCCAUGUUGAAUAUACACAAAAUUUGCAUCAUGUCUGAGCUACUAGCUUGGAAUACACUGGCUGCGACCCGUCUAAUGCUUGAUCUAUCCAUGACGCCCUGCGCCUUUGCACCGACGGAUCUUGCAGCAGAAAUAAUGUCGCCAUCUACGAAUAAUGUCAAGAAUUCAGCCCCUCGGUAGCACCGAGAUGAGACGGGCAAAGGAUCCCAGACCAUGAGAUGAGUUUGGACUAUUGAUAGAAUGGCAGGGAUACAAAAAUCCUGCAACUGGAAGUGCAUCAAUUAGGGAACCAACCUAGUUGAUGUGGGGCAGACGAGAUGUGGGGGGUCUCCAUAUCGAGCAUCAAAGCUUUCGCUUGGAUAUCAUUAUUGACACGCUGUGCAGGCAUUGACAUUCAACAGGUUUCCUCCCAACAGGAAGAUACGGAACUACUGUGGUCACGUGCCUCAAAAUAGAUAGAUAUGCCAGGACCAUUGAUCAAAUCCUGUGUCCAUACGCCGAAGAACUGAGAAGCUGGAAAUUCGAUCGAGUUUCGCGCCAUAGUCCAGUCCAGACUGUGUGAUUUGUGCGUUGAAAAACAUUGUACAGAUGAUGUUAGAUUGUAUGUUGGAGUUAUCCUGUGCAUGUGUGCCACGGGUAGUGGGUGUGUCAAUUGCAACUCCUGACUUUUCCCGCCCGCUUCGGGCAUCAUACAAGUCAUGAUCCUCCCCA